AUGUCGGCCAUAUACUCUGAGGCCCAAGUCGCCAACUUUCUUAAGCACAUUCAGAUCCCGCAGGAGUUCUACGUGGGCAAUGAGCCUAUUCUUGACCAUGCCUUUCUCACUGUGCUGCAUCAGCACAUGAUCGCGACUGUUCCCUAUGAUAACAUGACGCUGCAUUACUCGCCGCAUCGCAAUAUUACACUUGAGCCUCAGGCUCUUUACCAGAAGAUCGUAGUGGAUGGACGCGGCAGAGGAGGCUAUUGUAUGGAAAGUAACCUCUUUUUCUGCUACAUGCUCCGAGCUCUGGGUUUCCAAGUAUACCCUGUUGGUGUACGAGUCCGUCUACGAAAAGAUGGUGUUCCUCAUGGUGGAUAUCUCGGCUGGGUGCAUAUUGUCAAUAUCGUGACAUUACCCGAUAACUCCCGCUGGGUUAUCGAUGCAUCAUUUGGCGGUGACGGUCCAACACAGCCUAUGCCUCUAGUUGAGGGCACUGAGUGGCGCAACAUGGGCACGCAAGACGCACGUCUUAUCAAAGACUUUCUCCCCGGCCAAACAGAAUUCACAUCCGGCCGUCGUCUCUGGAUCUACCAAUGCCGCAACUCUCCCGACCAGUCUUGGAUCAGCUUCUACGCUUUCAGCCACUCGGUCGAGUGGUUACCCGCCGAUUUCGAGAUAUCCAAUUGCUUCACAGGCACAAGCCCACACAGCUUCCAGACAUCAACGGUACUGGUUGUCAAGUUCCUUCUGAGAGAAAGCAAAAGGUCACCAACGGGUGAAGAGAUUUACGGGAAGCGCAUGCUGGUCAAUGAUGUGGUUAAAGAGAACCCUGGCGGCAAGACGAGGGUGCUUCAGGAGUUGAAGUCAGAGGCCGAGAGGGUGGAGGCGUUGAAGGAGUAUUUCGGCAUUGAGUUUACCGCGGAGGAAAGAGAUGCUAUCAAAGGAUUCCAAACUGAGAUUAAGAGCCAGUAG